AUGGAUGAAGAAAGUGGUUGGAAUUUGCUUAAACAUUUAGUGUUUGAAAGUGAAGGAGAUGAAGAUGAGAUAUCGAGUUUUGAAGAAAUAGGAAUUAAACUUGUCAAUAAAUGUGAUGGUUUGCCUCUUGCAAUUAAAGCUAUUGCAGGGGUUCUAUACCAACAAGACAAAGCAAAAUGGGUGGAAAUUCUCCAAAAUAUGUAUUCUAAAGAGAUUGUUCAGUCUUGGGUCGCCGAAGGCCUUAUUAUGGAUGAACAAGAUCAGUUGAGGAGGGAUCUUCCAAUUGAAAAUCAAAGAACAAUGGAAGAAAUAGGGGAGGAGAUGUAUAGGGAGCUAAUUUGUAGGAAUCUCUUGGAGGCUGAUGCAAGUUUUGAUUUGUCCAAGAGUUUCUUCUCUAUGCACGAUCACUUCCGAUCUCUCAGUGCAAAUUUAAUGAGAGAAGAAGGGAUUUUAUAUCGACAUGCUGAAAUUCUAAGACAAGCUUGUUUGAGAACUCUAAUUCUCAUCGACUCCCCUAAAACCAAGACGAUCGAAGAUAGUGUACUGCAAGCAUUACCCUGUUUGCGAGUUCUGGAUCUCACAAAAACAUCAAUUGAAAAGAUUCCAGAUUGCAUUGGAGAUUUGUUGCAUUUAAGAUAUCUUGAUCUCGAUGGAACAAAUAUAUGUGAGAUUCCAACAUCUAUCGGAAACCUUGUAAACCUUCAGAGUCUUGAUAUCUCAGUGUGUAUGUACUUGGAAAGACUUCCUGAGUCCAUCGCCAAGUUGCAUAAUCUAAGACGGCUUGACAUAAGUUGUUGCCCACUGCUCACUUAUGUGCCCAAGGGAAUUGGGAAACUGGAAAAUUUAUAUAGCCUUCAUGGAUUUAUGGUCGGACAAAAUAACUCAACCUCUGAAAAAGGUUGUGAUUUAGAGGAGCUGAAAAAUCUCUCCAAGUUGAGGAGCAUAACCAUUGAUAGGCUUGAGAGGGCAGAAGGAGGAGCCUCUGCACUUGCAAACAAGCCUUUUCUUAAGCAGCUUAGUCUGAGUUGGAUGCAACCAGAUGAGGAGGAGGAAGUUGAUAAUGGUAGAGGCGACGAUGCUAAAGCCAAUGAAGAAGCAGAUGGUGAUGGCACGUAUGAUGAAGAUGCAAACAAUGACAUGGGUGAUGGCAAGGAUGAUGGCUAUGGACAAGGAAAUGAAAGUGAGGAGGCAGGAGAUACAAGCACGGGAUCAGAAGUUGAAAAUGAGGAGACCGAGAAUGAAGAAAAGGUAUGGAGUGAGGAGCAAAUCAGCAAGGCUGAGAGGAUAUGUAAUGAAAUGACUCAGCCUUCAUCAACCAUAUUCAACAUUCUCUUCCGUCAGUACCCUGGCCGACAGUUCCCGAGCUGGAUGACAUCCUCUUCCUUGGCUGAAUCUUUUCCAAACUUGACGUACUUGAAGCUUCUUGGUUUGCCAUGCUGCACGGAGCUCCCUCCCUUCGGCACACUGCCUCAGCUCAAGUACCUCAAUAUUGAAAGGGCCAGCUCCAUAACAGCCAUUGGGUCUCAAUUUCUCGGAUCGAGAAGCUCUGCAUUUCCCAAACUCGAAGUGCUCCAAUUCGAAGACAUGCCCAGAUGGGAGGAGUGGACAUUCAAUGGAGCACCUCUUGCAGUGAAGUUGUUUCCAAGUCUCAGGGCUUGUGCUAUUAUCGACUGCCCAAAGCUAAGAGCUCUUCCUGACGGACUCCACCGAGCCACCAACCUCAACCAACUGGGCCUGCUUCAAACAUAUGAGUUAGGUGAGAUUAACAACAUCACCUUGGCUUACAGGCUCGAGGUCACAAAUGGCAUAGGGUUGAAGAAGAUAUCCAACAUCCCGUCAUUAAGAUAUCUUGAGGUGAAUGACUGCCCCAACUUGGAGUGCGUGGAGAAUCUCGGCAAGCUGCAACAUUUGGACUUGGUAUGUUCAGAGGAGAUGGAGCAGCUCCCGCUGUGGUUGCGGGGCUUGAUCGAGCAGCAUAACAACACAGCAAGCACUCACAGGAGUUUGAAGAAGUUUGAGAUGCGCUGCAAUCGGCAACUGCUGAAGAGCUGCUUGGAGGGCAAUGAGAAUUGGGACAUCAUCGAGCAAAUUCCCAAUGUCAAAGUCCAAACAUAUUCCGGCCAAGAGUAUCUGUUCUACACCAAGGAUCCCUACAACUAUGAUGCCAAGAUUGAUUCAACACCAACGAUGGCAACUUUGCGGCAAAAAAUUAAUGCUCUACGUCAACUACAAUUGUCUCAGAUCCAGGCUUGA